ACCCACCUACCGAACCAAAUCGAUCUGGCCUUAUCGGAUCUAACCCAUUUUCUCUCACAGCAACACCGGAUUCAGUCUCUUUCCAGGGUUGCCAAACAAUCCAACCCUUUCCCUACCGAACCCGCCGAUCGGACCCUUUCUGAAGCUGCAAACAGAGCUUACGCAGCUACCUCUGAUACCAGCUUAUAUGAGCAUAAUCUGUUUUGAGGUUUGAUUCGAAUUACGAGAGUGUCCAGACCUUUGUCAACAUAACCUUAUGAGAUGGAAAUAUCAAACGACUUGGCUGGCAAGAAACCAAAGCGAUUGACGUCUGUGGUUUGGAAUCAUUUUGAGAAGGUUGGAAAGGCCGAAAGUUGUUAUGCCAUUUGUAUACAUUGUAACAAGAAACUCAGUGGCUCAAGUAAUAGUGGAACAACACAUCUGAGAAACCACUUGAUGCGAUGUCUGAAAAGAUCAUCCACUAUUGACGUUUCUCAACUACUUGCAGCGAAGAGGAAAAAAGAUACUACCAUUAGCACAGCAAAUGUCAGCUUCGAUGAAGGGCAGAUAAAAGAUGACAAUAUUAAGCCAAGAAUUUUGAAGUUUGAUCAGGAUCAGAAAAAGGAUGAAAUCAUUAACCUUGGGAGUAGUAAGUUUGAUCAGGAGAGGAGUCAGAUUGAUCUUGCUCGCAUGAUAAUAUUACAUGGUUACCCAUUGGCCAUGGUUGACCAUGUUGGAUUUAAAGUAUUUGUCAAGAAUCUUCAACCGAUGUUUGAGGUUGUGCCAAAUAGUGCUGUUGAGAAAGCUUUUGUGGAGAUUUAUGAGAAAGAGAAACUGAAAGUGUAUGAAACGAUAAAUAAAUUGCAUGGUAGAAUUAACCUUUGUGUUGAAAUGUGGUCUUCACAUGAGAACAUUGAGUAUUUGUGUUUGACAGCACAUUAUAUUGAUGAGGAUUGGAAAUUGCAGAAGAAGAUUCUGAACUUCGUCACACUUGAUUCUUCUCACACUGAAGACAUGCUUCCUGAAGUGAUUAAUAAGUGUGUAAUGGAUUGGGAUGUGGACCAUAAGUUGUUUGCCUUGACAUUUGAUGAUUGUUCCACAGAUGAUGAAAUUGUCCUGAGACUUAAAGAACAGAUAUCUCAUAAAAGGCCUCUUUUAAGUAAUGGUCAGUUAUUUGGUGUGCGAUCUGCUGCGCACGUUAUAAAUUUGAUUGUUCUAGAGGCUAUGGAAGCAUUGAGAGAGGUAAUCCAAAAGAUUCGAGCAAGUGUCAAAUAUGUUAGAAGUUCACAAGUAACACAAGGAAAGUUUAAUGAGGUCGCCCAACAAGUUGGAAUCAGCAGCAAGAAGAACUUGCUUCUUGAUCGCCCAUUUCAAUGGAACUCAACGUAUAUCAUGCUUGAAACGGUCUUGGAAUACAGGGGCGCAUUUUCUCUCUUGCAAGACCAUGAUCCUGCCUAUGCAUCUGCUCUAACUGAUACAGAGUGGGAAUGGGCCAGUUCUGUCACUGGUUACAUGAAACUUUUUGUUGAAAUCAUAAAUGUAUUUUCCAGCAACAAAUGCCCAACUGCAAAUAUGUAUUUUCCUGAGAUUUGUGAUGUUCACAUCCAAUUAAUCGAAUGGUGCAAGAGUCCAGAUAAUUGUCUUAGUUCCAUGGCAUUGAAGAUGAAAGCCAAGUUUGAUAAAUAUUGGAGCAAGUGCAGUUUUGCUUUAGCAGCAGCAGCCAUCUUAGAUCCUCGAUUCAAAAUGAAGUUAGUGGAGUAUUAUUAUUCUCUGAUUUAUGGUAGUGCUGCUUUGGACCGUAUCAAGGAAGUUUCUGAUGGUAUAAGGGAACUUUUCAAUGCAUACUCUAUCUGCUCAACGAUGAUUGAUCAAGAUUCAGCUUUGCCUGGUAGCAGCUUACCUAGUACAAGUAAUGACACCAGGGACAGACUGAGGGGCUUUGACAAAUUUCUUCACAAGACUUCUCUCAGUCAAAAUGAAAUAUCGGACUUGGACAAAUAUUUGGAGGAACCGGUCUUCCCUCGUAGUUGUGAUUUCAACAUCUUAAAUUGGUGGAAAGUUCAUAUGCCGAUGUACCCCAUCUUGUCCAUGAUGGCACGUGAUGUUCUCGGGACUUCCAUGUCGACUGUUGCACUGGAGUCAACAUUUAGCACUGGAGGUAGAGUGCUUGAUGAUUGUAGAAGUUCGCUGAAUGCAGAUACUCUUCAGGCAUUGAUAUGCACACGAGAUUGGCUGCGGAUUGAAUCAAGAGGGUGCCUUUCUCCAAUCCAAAAGAUAGUGCAUGAAGAAAGAACUGAGCUGGGGCCAGUGAUCUUGUGGCAAAAAGAUCAUAGCAAUAAAAUCACAGGCAACCUCUAUCUAGACUGUAUAUAAUAGCUGCCAUUUUUUAUUUUAUUUUUUAUUUUUCCAUGAAAAUGGAUAUGGAAUCUCAUACUUUGCAAGCUGGCUGCCAAAAUGAUUUGACAUGCUUAAUAUAAAGACAGCAAUGAAAUCUCUAAUUAUUUGUUCA